CCAGCCCUUACGCGAUGACGUCAGCGCGGACAGCGCAGCUCUCGCUUCUCCUCAGGCUGGAGUCGGUGUUCGAGUAACGGUUGGACUGUCCUUGUUUCCCCCUGCCGACUACUGAGGUAACCGGUUAGUGUGUGAGCAGGUAUACUUCCCGGUCACGGACGGGUUAAACCACAUCCCAGAGCGGCAUUUAACCCCUUCCCUGCCAGAGAAAAAGACACUGUACCUGACAUUUUGUUCUCUAAGCAGACCCACCGGCCACCGGGACAGACCCCCGGCCACCGGGACAGCCCCGGCCACCGGGACAGACCCCCGGCCACUGACAGACCCCCCACCGGGACAGACCCCCGCUCCCAGCCGACAGACCCCUGCUCCAGCCACUGACAGACCCUCCAGCCUGGACAGACCCCCUGCCCCAGCCACCGGUGACCCCCCAGCCCCCUCCACCGGGACAGACCCCCUCCACUGGACAGACCCCCCUCCACCGGACAGACCCCUCCACUGGGACAGACCCUCCACCGGGACAGACCCUCCACCAGACUCCUCCAGCCACUGACACCGGUUGACGACCGAUCACACAGACCGACUGAUCACACAGACCCCUGGACCGAUCCACACAGACCUCUGACCGAUCACACAGACCCCCUGACCGAUCACACAGACCCCCUGACCGAUCACACAGACCCCCUGACUGAAACUCUGACCGAUCACACAGACCCCCUGACCGGUAACACACAGGGUUAUCUGGAUAUCCAUGGAGUUUAUCAUUUAAUUCAGGCCAUCAAUAUGGCCUGGUAACCUAAUACUACUAUGUCUAGUCCCUGCAGCCCUAUCGCUGUGAAUGAAAGAGAAAUGUAUGACAGCUAGGAUAAUAGAGGAUGUUAUGUCCCCCAUUGCAUGGUGACUGUAUCGUAUCUUUAACUUGAUACCAUUCAUGUUAUUGCCUGCUUCACUCCAUACUCUCCUUGCUAAUUUUUUCCAGCCUUAUGUUUCCUUUGUUACAGCCUGCCACAGGAAGCCUGGCUUUCACUCCCUAGUGUGAUUCCCACUUUCAAGUUACAUACACUUUAGAUGCUGUGGUACCCAGCCAGGAUUCUAUAAUUGGCAAGGUUAUUCACUAAACUCAGAAUUCUUGUCGAAUUAUUUCUGAAUGAAAAACAAAGGUAAAAGCUGAUCUGAAAUGCUCAGCUAUGUUAAUGGUACCCUGUGGGUACCAUUUUUGCCAAAAUGAUGUUCUGGUGUCAGGCGUUUGAUUGGUUUAGCCCAAAAGUCUCCUCUCCAGUGCAGAUUCUCCCUGUCUCCUCCAACAUGCACUUUCAGAAAAUCUUCAAAAUGGAAGCCUCGGACUGCCACGGGCAGGGGUGCCGCUGAUCGGCUUUCAGCAGUAAGCUGAUGCUGUAAGUCAGUUAUUAGCUCCUCAUUCACAAACUGGAAUGAGAAAAAUAUGUAAGUUUCUUGAGCCGGUUUCUAUGAAUAUAGAGCUAAUGAUUGCCUUAGAGCAGGGGUCCUCAAACUCCGACCCCCUAGAUGUUGCUGAACUACAACUCCCAUGAUUCUCUGGCUAUCUAUGUAAUUCAAAGAAUCAUGGGAGUCGUAGUUCAGCAACAUCUGGGGGGCUGGAGUUUGAGGACCCCUGCCUUAGAGCGUCUAACAGCUCUAAUCCAAUCUGCAGAGACCCUCUGAGGCUUUUGCUUUGAAUAUUUUUAUUUAGUGAAUGUUGGAGGGUACAGAGCGAAAUGGCACCUGAAAACAGAAAAACCGUUUAACCCCUAAAGGUAAGCCAGCAAUAGGGACCUCCUGGCAUCAUAACAACUUAAUUUCAGUAAAGUUUUCCUUUAACAGAAUUCAUUUGUGGAAAUUCUGAUGUUUGGCGAAUAACCCUGUCAGUGUCGUUUGAUGGAAUAUCCACUAAAUCAGUUAUAAAAAAGUGACUUCAAACUUUACAACAACAUAGCCUAGUUUGAAAUAGGAGUUGGAUUUUUUUUUUUUUUUUUAUAAUUCUAAAGGAUUAUCAUUACACCAAGCACCACAACCUUUUUAUUGUUACAGCGUGGAGUCUGUAUGUGUAGCAUUUUGCUUUGAAACACUACAGAGAUAUUUAAGAGCAGUCCACUGCCCACAUACAAUAAAAAUCACUAGUAAAUAUACCCCAAUGAAAACAUGAAUGCAUUUAAUUGUGCAUUUACCCAUAGGGCAGUUUUCUGUGACUUUUUUUAUUACUAUAGCCUGAAUUGUAAAUAUUCUAAAGGAGUUCACAACUGACAUUGACCAUUUAAUUAUUGUCUUUAUGUGAGAUUGUUUUAAAAUGUAAUAACAAACCCUACUAUCAUUCACACCAAGAACAUUUAAUUAUAUGAAUUGUAUAUAUUUUUAAGGGAGUAAUAAAAAAAAGUUAUAAUCCUAUUUAACUGUCCUCCAAUGCUUCAUUCUUUGAGCACUGAGGAGUGUUGACUGUGUACUAUGCUGAUGACUUGCCUCUAAGAUGCCAUUAAACAUUUGAGCAGUUGUAUAAUUUAAUAUUGGAACCAAAGGUUUUUUUGGGCACUACCCAUACAGGGGUCCACUUAUAAUCCAUUUACCAGUGAUGCAGUUAAAGGAACACUAUAGUCACCACAACAACCACAGCUUAAUAUAGUUGUUCUGGUAAGUAUAAUAGCUCCCUUCAGGCAUUUUCAUGUAAACUCUUCCUUUUCAGAGAAAAGGCAGUGUUUACAUUGCCCCUAGGGACACCUCCAAGUGGCCACUCCUUAGAUGGCCACUGGAGGGGCUUCCUGGCUCAGGGCGGCACAGUAAGCAGCCCUGCCGUUCAGCGUUCCCACGCUCUGCAUGGAGACGCUGAAUUUUCCUCAUAGAGAUGCAUUGAUUCAAUGCAUCUCUAUGAGGAGGGCCUGAUUGGCCAAAACUGCGUUUGGCCCCGUCUCCGUGCCAAUUUUAGCCAAUCUCGUUGGAUUGGCUAUACACUGGCCAUUUCGAUGAUGUGACAAAGGGGGCAGAGCCAGCGCUGGCGGACUCGCGCGGCGCUGGAAAUAAGGUGAGUUGGAGUUUUAUACUUUUAUAAGGGGACUAAGAGGAGGGGCAAGCCACCUAAAUGGUGGGUUUAGCACUAUAGGGUCAGGAAUACAUGUUUGUGUUCCUGACCCUAUAGUGAUCCUUUAAAAAUGUCUAUUUAGAUAUGACAAAUUUGAAUGGGCCAUCAAGUCGGACAUUCAAAACCCACAGUGAUGGAUCUUUACAGACCAUGGAAAGGUAGGUCUUCUGUGGCCCUUCUUUCAUGGCGAAAUCCUUUGCCUUAUUUGCUAUAGCUACAAUCUACAGAAUGGCCUUAAAAUGUUGUCCUCAUUCCAAAUGACAGGAAUGUAAUAUAUAUCUCUAUCUCUAUCUAUCUAUAUAUCCCCAAUAAAAGAUGGGAACCCUUUCAUUUUGUGACCAAAAAUUAUACUUCACCAUUUUUGACAUGUGGUCAAGCUUUUAAACCGUAUGAAAAGCUGCUACAAGUAGCAUGAUAAUUUGUUUGUGCUUUUAUCUCCAGAGACUAUAGAAAGAUGCCAAUGGAUCAAAUUGAAUCUGGUCUAGAAGUUCGAAAGUUCAGGUAUUUGUCAUCAUUUUAUAGUUCUAGAGCUGUUCCUGCAAUUUGUCGAGUAAUUUAAUUUUAUUUGUAAUGUCCAUCAACAUGAUAGAGAUAUAUAUAUAUAUAUAUAUAUAUAUAUAUAUAUAUAUAUAUAUUCCUAUUUAACUGGUUUUCCCCUUUUUUCUUGAAAAGGAUUAGAAAAAAGGCAGGCGAAUGCCACCUUGCACCUUUUAUUUUGCCCCCUCCUACCCCCCACCCAUCUCUUCAUCCUCCAUACAUGUUAACAAUCAUACACAAUGAGAAGUGAACUUUUCCCAUCAACCUUUGUGACUGAUGGCUAGUGGUGUUUUAAUCCAUAACCUCUAUUACAUUUUAACUUCAAAUUCUAACACAUUUAUUUAUAACAUGUAUUUUCUAUAAAGAUUCUGACUGCCUGAAAACCAGUCUGUAACAUAAAGGGAAUCUUUAAUAUUGAUGAAAUACGUGUAUUUCUAACGUUAGUUUCUUCUUAGAUCUUUUAUAUUUAGGUCCUCAACUAUAAGAGUAAAGUAAAUAACAUUAUUGGAUCUGCAGGCCCUCUUUUAGGUAAUUGGUAAUGCUCCAUACAGAAAAAUCGAGGAGUCUUCUGCACAUGCUCACCAAUAAUCCUGCUACAUUAUCACAGUGCUUCUCUAAAGGGAGCGUUUGUUUUACAGUGCUGUGUCCCUUUAAACCAAAAUGGCAAAGUUAAAAAUCUUUGUUAUGAAGCUAAGUUUUCCCGAUUUUGUUUCUUAACUUGCCUUGAAAUAAAAGUACAUUUCUUUCAGGUUUUCAUUUUUGCUCUGAAAUUUUAUUAAGUUAUUUGUGUGUGUAAAAAAUGCAAGUGCUGCCGGGCAUUAAAAGCUACCGGUAACUUCUUUGCAUUUUACACCAGUGAACAAAAAAUUUAAUAUCACCUGUAUAUCUUGUUAAUCUUUUUCAGGUGAUGCCACAUUUUGAAUUAAUAUAAUUACAACAUAUGCAAAAAUGUAUAUAUAAAAAAAAUAAAUAAAAAAAAAAUCUGAAUCCAAAAACACACAGCCAAGUGAAUAGAAAUAAAUUUAAUUUUAUAAAAAUAGAAUACAACAGAUGAUAAAUAAUAAAACCUAGAAGGAAAUUAAAAACAAAAUAGUGGGGGCAGAGCUUGACCACCAUGCGGAGAAGUACAUGCAGUGCACUAAGCGCCUGACUUCAAGCUUCCCUUGCCCCAAUCCACCGGUGGGAGCGGGAAAAGGGCACUACUGGCUCUCUGGAGGCGCUAGCCGAGGCAGGUCCGACUUGCGGCCUAGCAGUUGAUGCGAGGCUGGAAAUGCGGCCGGUCCUCCAGUCCCGAAGUCCUGCAGACGCAGAGCCUCCCCCCCCCCCUUUUUUGGACUGCUGGGGGUCAUCACGGUCCACCAAGGCGCCAUCACAAGCCCGAACACCUACAUGCGAGGCCAGGAGGAAGCAACAGCACUCUGCUCACCUAAGACGGUGGCGGACAACACCACGACGAAUCCUACCAGCAACGCAGCCUCACACACCGCAGUAGCAGGCUGCCAGGGGGCCUAGACAGACCCUGUACAAUAGCGGAGUGCCGGUAACCGGAAAGGUCAGUGGCAACAACCCCACAGCCAUAACCCUGAGGGAGACGGCGUGGAGGAGAAAGCCCCACGACAAGCGGCGGUGAGAGGCCUUACUCCCUCAAGCACCAAACACAGACCACAACAGCAGCCAAGGGACCCGGCAACACCCUGCUCCAACCCCUUCCUAGACUCAACCCGGGACUGAAAGAUCCAACCACAAGAACAGGCGUAGACCUGACUGCCAUGGACUGACCCUGGGACUAAACCCAACCUGAAGAGCACUCCCCGCUCCUUACCCAGUCGCAAACCCCAUGCCAUAUAUCCCCUCUGCCCUUGCUGACAGGAGCCACCUGGCAUGUAGCUGAUCCUGACCAACGAUGCUGUGGUUUCACACUCAUUCGGGACUCCAGUUCUACACAACCCUUAUCACUCAUGAGUAUCAGUCUUGUUUAUAUAAAUGCAUAAUGACCUUCUCAGUCACAGCGCACUUAGUCUGCUUAAACUAGGACCUGCUGUCUAGUCUAAUAGGCACUCUACAUGUUACACUCUCUGUUUUAUAAGAAUUUCCCAGGUUUAAAAGCCUGUUCUUCAGCCUAAUUGUGCAAGAUCACCAAUAUGUCUAGAUAGCUUGCGUUGACAACUCUCUACAUAUAUUUUAGACACGUUGGAUAAGCAUGUGACUCUCCAACUUAACAUAAAAAAAAUGUGUGCAGUAAUUAUCUAUGCCAUAAGCCUGUUAAAUUAUGUUUCUUCACUCUUGUUACUGCUAUUGUGGCAUUACAAGAGUAUAUCUAUUCAAUGAUUGUACCACAAAAAUAAAGAAUUUAAAAAAAACAAACAAACAAAUAGUGUAAUACAGGUACCCAAAAUCAGGAAGAGGGGUGUGGGUAGGGCACUCAAAGAGGAUUUUGUGUUUUUAAUUUCCUUUUAGGUUUUCUUAUUUCACACUUGGGUGUGUGUGUUUUUGGAUUCAGAGGGUCUUUCGUUUUAUACAUUUGUUAUGAUUAUAUAUGUACUUUGGGUGGUAGUGAGACACCUUUUUAGAAGACUCAUUUAUUUAUUUUCAUAUAGUGGUUUAAUUUUUAGUUUUUCAGUUUUUUACUUUGUUAGCAGAUUUUAUAAUCAAGUUCAGACAAGGCAAACCCAGGGCAAACAUUGCAAAUGGAAAGGUGAACAAUAGCCUGUUUAGCUAGCAGAGCAACAAUCUUUUUUAAAGGAACACUCUGAAAAACCAUAACCACUAUGGCGAGCUAGGUAGUUUAACCUUUUUUUUAGAAUGGCUUGACUUGUUACCUAGGGUCCAGUAGAUGCCGCAACCCGCCUUCUGCUACCAGGAGAGCUGGAAGGAGCUUUCAGCUUUCCCUGUAGCAGAGAAUAGGUGAGAAGGAGCAUGGUAACACCCCAGGUAACAAGUCAUACCAUUCUAAAAUGGUUUGACUUUGUACAUUGAGGAGGUGCUAGAGCACUAUUGGCACCAUAAUCACUACAGCGCACUGGGGCUUAGUGUUUAUUUAAAUCUUCACUGCUGUUUCUGCUAUCUUUGCCCAGUUGUUACUUCAGCUAACUUAAUAACCUGGCGUAAUCCCCUCAAUGAUUCACAUUCCGUUAUAAAUAUCAUGCAUUUCUAUGUCACCAAACAAUUAGGAAAUGAAAACCUUUCAUGAAAUAAAGCAUUUUUACACAAUUACAAUAUGAAAGGCUUUGGUCACUGUUAAAAUGUUUCAAAUAAUAAGCUAUUAUUGGUAUAAAUCUUAUACCUUUGAAAUCAUAGUAUUUUUGAGAAGGGAAUGGUAGUAAUUUUGUAUUUCUUCAUUGAAGUGUUGGCAGAAAAAAUAAAAUGAAUCAAAUGAAAAUUAAUAAAGUCUAUAAAUUAUCUAAAGGUUUGAGCCCAUUAAUCUUGGUUAUUCUGCUGUUCUGCUUCAGAUGUAGUUUGGUAACAUACCCGACAGCUCCUGUAAUCUUGAAUGGUAAAAACCUCUUUGAAUUUGUCAGUGUAUUUCUUAACAAUUUUCAGGGGAAGAGGAAACCGGAGUAGAGGUAAUUACAUGUCAAGAGGUGACCGUGGUAUGAAGGGCCAAAUGCCUCUUGGGCGAGAAAAGUUCAGAGACCAUCCCAUGAAUGGGAUUAUACCUCUCAGGUAACCAUGAAUAAAUAUAGUGAUGUCCUGUGUCUUUUUUUUUUUUUUUUGUGUGGGCUUUAAUUUUGGGGGAGGAGGGACUAUUUUGGGAGACUGACAGAGUGUGGGUUUCUAUUUAUUUAUUUUUUUUUAUAGCUACAAAAUAUGUCCAAGGUAAGACAGAAAUAUUGACUUUUGUAUUUACUAGAUUGAAUAAAAUGUCUGUAAAUUGCUAAAUGAAAUCCUCAUUUUGUUCGUAAUUAUCAAACAGAUCGAUAAGUUAGUUCAGUGAUUAACAGGUAUUUGAUUGGUUCACCAUAGCUGAACGGCGUUCGUGCACAGGUACUAUUUACCUUACACACCUCUUUAACCCCUUAAGGACCCAUGCCAUGUGUGACAUGUCAUGAUUCCCUUUUAUUCCAGAUGUUUGGUCCUUAAGGGGUUAAAGGGAUACUGUAGGUACCAUAACUAUUUCAUCUCUUUGAAUUGGUUAUAGUGCCUGGAGUCCCCCUGGCAUUGUCCUUCCAUUUUUGAGUAGUUUAACACUGAGGGUCCAUGGCAUUCCAUAUCCCAGCACCCACUGGAGGUGGGGCUAAGGCAGAGCUUACACUCUUGCUUCUAGACAUACCGAUUCAUACCUGCAGUAUGGUCAGCUGACACCUUCAGACUAUCAUAGUCGCCCAUUGCAGCUUAGCUUAAGCAGCACAGAGGGGAUGGGAUGCUGGGGGCUCUUUUUGUUUAGCAUUAAAAACAGUUUAACGCUGAAUGGAUAGACCGUGCCGGUGAAGUCCAGACACUAAUCAUUUCAAUGAGAUGUAGCCGUUAUAGUGUUUACUGUGUUCAUUUAAGACUGUUCUUCUCUAUUUCCUGUAUUUGUUAUAAUAUUGACAUGGCUUUUAACAAUAUAAAAGAGAUCUGUGCUAUCUCUCACACACAUACUGUGGUAGAGUGCACUCAUGGGACUCUGUGAAUGUCUUUUAAUCAAUUCUGCUUUAUUGGGCAGUUAUAGUAACAUACAUGAUUAGAGAAAAUAAGCCGCUGCCCCAGUUGUUACAAUUACAUAUGUAAGGUGUGAUUAGAACAGGACAGCACUGUUAUAAAACUUCUUUCCACUUACUUGUUAUAAGGAUCAGAAGAGUUUCCAAUGUCUUUGGUGCCUCAAUUCCAGAGAUCCACAAAGUGAUAAAUGUUAACCAUACAUCACACUUUAAAGACUCACAGAGAAAUAAAAAAAAAAAACAUUCUUUGCUGUGCAGAUUUAUUAAAUAUAGUGCAUUCCAUAUAAAAUACUAACCAGAAUAGAGGCAAGGAUAAACAAAUUGAAAAAAGGAUCUUUGCACCAGAUAGAAAGCGGGUGGGGGGGGGAGUAAAAUAAAUCCCAGAGCAACACUGAAUGCCUUUCAUGUCCAAAGACAGGAGCUUUAUCAACAUAAACCAUAUUACUUUUAUCUUUUGCAGCAAGUUUAGAGAAAUCUGUUUUGAGUUUCACUGUCGAAGCAGUCUGCAUGCUGUAACUAGUCAUUAGUCACUAGUGGUUUAAAAUGUUGAAAGUGCAAACAGUGAGCUCUAAAAAGAAUGCACUAAGUGAACCAGUGAAUUUACUGUGUGUUGGUGCUGAAUUUAAACUUGACUUAACUUACUUUUUGAUUAUUUUAAGACGUGGAAUGGGCCGAAUGCAUCCAUAUCAGGAUCCUCGUGGGCGCGGAGGAAUCAGAGGACGACAUCCAGGAUUUCUGCCGUCUCCACUGCCGCCACCGCCACCACCACACCUUGAAAGAGAAAUGAGAGAACCCUUUCCACCACCACCAACUCUAAGGUCAGCUACCAGGAACAUUUUUAAAUGUCUUCUUGUCUAAUAUGGAUGUAGUGGUUAAUACUGACUGGACAUACUACAAACAAGUUACAUUGCAGAAUCCUCUACUAGACUACCAUUUCUUCAUUUGGCUGAAGUAUAAUCCCUUCUGAAUACUACUGUUCUUAAACACCUCCAAAAAUAUAUAUUAUGCAUACAAUAAAGUGUUAAAUUUUAAGGGUGGAGUGUUCUGUUAAGGCCUUUGGGCAUUGAUAAGUAAAACUGAACUGUGUUGGCACACUUCGUGCAACUGUUGGGUGUGAUGGAUGCUGACAAUGGUCCACUUAUCCCUGAGGGAUCCAGAACCAGAGCCCGUGUUGGUAGAAUUAAAUGCAGCUGUAGGGCGCUCUACUGAUCUCAGUACUGCUCUUUUAGGCUAUCAUGAUACAAAUCCCUGGGAUGGGACUCAUUUACUAAAGUGUGCCCAUCCCCCUUCUCCCCUCACCUCCUAUUCCCUGCAUUCAUAUACAGACACUCUGACCAUCCAGAAACAUACACCCCUGUAUUCACACACAUUAUAAUUCUAUGCUGCUGACAUGCAGAUAAAAAAUAAAAUGCAUUAGAGUUUUCAAUAGUAGAUAAGGAGUUUACAUUUCGAGCAGUGUGUAUUCUAUUUAUUGUGUAAAUCUUCUUAAAUUCUGGUUAUGUGCUCUUAUUUAUUUUUUAUUUACAAUCAGACGUGGACACCCUCCACCUCCAGGGCUCAUGGGUUUUAGAGGCAUGCCACCUCCUCAUCGUGGCAGAGGUAUACUGCCGCCGCCGCCACCACCACCACAGAGAGGCCACUUUCCUCAUCCACGAGGGUAAGAUUUUUUUUUUUCUCCCACCCCUGCCCUCUGAUUAUUUAAAUCUGUGAAAUAAUGUUAACUGAUUUAAUAUACACUAUGAUUAUAUUCCCUUACCUCUUACCACUUUCGUUUUAGUUCUCACAUUUUUAGAUUAUCCAUAUGGGUGCCAUGUUAAAGUGCAUGCUUUUGGGCUUAUUUAAAUAAGUGUGUAAAAUGUAGCACAAAUCUGUUUUUAUUUUUUGUAUUUUAUUUUUAAACCAGUUUCCAACAAAGCAAACUUGUGAUUUUAUCCUUUUACACAGCUUUCCCAAUGGACGUGGUACUGCAGCACAUCCUCCGCCACCUGGCCGCGGCCAGAGAUGGCCCGCACCACCAGGUGGCAGACGCUUUUAAAGAGACACACUCUUUACAUUGCAUAGCAGAUUUAGAUGACCGGAGAGACCUUGCCUAAAUGGUUUUGGUUUUGUUUUUUAUUUUUAAUCUGUGUAUUUUUUUAUUUUUUAAAUCCAAAUAUUUUUAGUAAUAUUUUUUUUUUUUUUAUUAUUAUUUUUUUAAUAUGCUAAUUUCCCAGAAGCCCUCACGCAUUAAGUGGCAAAAAAGAAAAAUGACAUACACGUUAAUAAAUAAAAUAUGUGCUUCUAUGGACACUCGUAAAACGGUUAUCACAUAAUAUGUAUGGACAUUGACUGUUGCACAAUGGGACACUACUCCUACAAGAAGGUCAAGCAGUAAAUUAAGCUUAGUAUUUAUGGACUUUUGUGCAGCAUUUAAGACUGCUCUCAGUGUUUUCUUUUAAUUACAAGCACUCCAAAUAAAUACAGUAGUCUUAUUUUACAACCACAAAAAUUACCCAAAAAUUAUUGGAAAGCUAAACUUUUUGGGGAAAGCAAAUCUGUUGACUCCCAUUUUCUCCAUAUUUUUGGUAAAUAUAAGAGAAAACCUUAGUACAUUCACAGCUUGACCGUAUUUGUUUUGAAUGUUAGGAUGUGUAGGUAGUGUGUUUCUUUGGAACACUAACUAUAACUUGCUUGUCUUGCUUGCACUGCCUACACUAUUUUUCAGAAUUAUUCAGUAUUCAUUUUAUGGUCAAAGUAUGACGUGAACACUAGAAUUUGUAUAAUUGUAAAACCUAUUACACGCUGUAUAUUGCAUAGAUUUUGGUUUCACGUUUUCUAAUGUGAGCAGAAGCUGUCCUUUUCAGACAAUUUUCAACUGUGAAAUGGUAUUUAAAUGUUACCUAAAUAUUGUGGCAUUCAUUCUCAGUAGUAUAGUAAAAAUCAAAGAUCUUAGUAUUACCAGAAUAUUUUUCCUUCAUUUUACUCUUGUGCUGAGGGCUGAAAACACAAGACCUGAUUGUUGCAGCAGAUGCUUUAUAUCAGUGUUAACCAUCCCUUCCCCAAUAGCAUCUCAGGACUACAAAUUGGCUCAGUAUAAUAAGGUAUGGGAAAAUAAAAUGGCUGACACACAGUUUGAUAUCUGUUGUAUUUGACCAUAUAUUUAUUAAACAAAAACAGCAAAGACAUUUUAAACACAACCUGUCACUUUUAUUUCCAUAAUUCUAUGAGGAGAAAUAUCCAUGUUCAUUAUAUAACAUCAUAAAUGAAGGCCAAUUUUUUUUUUUUAAGUAUGCAUUUUAUGUACAUAUAUUCUAGUAGUAUAGGAUUUUUUUUAAUAUAUAUAUAUAUUUUUUUUUAAAUUAUUUUUGCCUAUGGAGGGGUGUGUCUUGUUCUUUGUUGCAGAUUUCACCAAGUCAUACUAAAAUUGUCUUAAUGCACAUUAGAUAUCUUCUUCCUGUAUAUCUAUGUAUACAAACACAAGUAGCAAUGCGUGAACAUAUACACAGAUAUGGGAUUAUAUAUUGCAUUUUGUCACUGUAGUUUUAACAUGGCAAAAUUGCAAAUGAAUACUAUGGAAACUUGGUUAUAAACAGAACUGACAUCAAAGUGUAUACGAACCUCUAUAAAUAUACAUUUAGCAUGGGCUUGCCUGGACAUUUGGCAGUAGUCCACGCAUCUUUGUUCUUUUGUUCUUUUAUCUUUUUUUUAACAACUUUAGCAUAUAUGUUAACAAGGGGUUUAAACAUUUCAAAGUAAGAUAUGUAAAAAGUGUGGAUUCAUUGUCAAUUUACUGUUUAGUGAAUAAAGCCCUAACUGAUCAUGAUAACAUCAGAUUGUGAAAAAAUGAUGCUACUAUUGUUGUCUUCCGAAGGGUAACAUAGUCACCCUUUGAAGCGUAUUGAAGAUGGUAUGCAGACCAUUCAAGAACUUGAAACAGUCCUUUUUUAAAGGUGAGAAUGUUUUAAAAAAAAAAAAAAAUCCUUCACCUGUGGAAUUGUUGAUUCUUAUGCAUUUUCGCUAACAGGUAAGCUUUCUGAUUCAAAGGGUUUGUGGCUUAAACAAAACUUUUUGUAUGAAUCAAUGCUCUAUCGCUUCUGACUUUCCUGUGCUUGGUCUAUUCACAAAUCUGGCUUCUGCAUGCUCUGUUUGAAAUAAUUUCCAUUCCUCUCAAAAUACAAGGAGUAAUUAUAGUUAAAAAUUACAUUGCUUUCCAGUAUCAGCUGUGUGUUGGUUUAAACAGAUAUGAAUAGAGAAAUAAAAUACAGCCUCAGUGACCAGUGUUGACAAACAAAUAGCCAUUCUACACAGUAUAAAUGUUUGAAUAAAGAAUACAAAGGUGGCUUCCUCACUCAGGAGCAAGGUUCACAGUGAUAUGCCUAUGGUAGGGAUGUUUUUUUUUUUUUGCAGCUGUCAUUUGGGUGCAUUUACAGAAAAAAAUCUAGGUAAGCAUUUUGCUUCCAAGUUAGGGGCUAAAUGACUAUUUUUACCUGGGAAAACAUGAAUAAAUACACUCAUUCUAGCAGAACCAGUUAGCUUCUGGUAACAGUGAAUUACUGCUAAAAAGAGAUCUACUUUACGGGCAUACAUGUAGUUUUCUAGUACUUACAGAAUCUGUGAACUAAACUGCUUACUUAUUAUGAAUACUAAGAUGGGGUUUGGGAAAGUAACAGUUCUGUAAAUUUCUAUAAUUUGUUAUACAUCUCCACAGUUACAUUACAUGCCUAUAUAAAAGUAGUAUAGUUCAUCCUCUUAAAGACCAAUGUCAUAAUCUAUCCUUUUAAUAGACACUCCACCGCCAAAAUAAAAAUCACUGUUUAGUAGAUAUACCACAAAUUAAAACAUGCAUUCAUUUAAUUAUGUAUUUUACAUUGGGGUGUAUCUAAAAUCAGGUUGCAAAAGCUGCACUUGCCUACUGCUUUUGCAAGUGCUGGCAGGUAAAGAGAUUAAAGGGACAUUACACUGCCAAAAUAAAAACAUUCAUACAUUUACUUGUGCAUCUUUUGCCAUUAUCUAAAAACAGCUUGGCAAAGAUGUAGAUCUUUUCUCUAAAGCUCAAAUCUUAAAACCAAACUUGGUGUUUAGGUGGUCUAUCCCACCAAAAAUACUGUUGGUGUAGGAUAACACUUACCCCUUAAGACAUGUACCAGGGCAGCAUGUAGACAUAUAAAAGGAAAUACAAAACAAACAAAAAAUAGUUCAAUUCAAUGUGGUAAGUACAAAUUGGUUAUAUACGUUCUGGUGGUCAGAUGAAACUCGUAUCGGAGGGAGGAUUUCAGUGUUUAUUAUUGAAUGUAGUUAUUACUAUUUUUAAAUAGUUGCUUUUUAAUUAUUUAAUCUUUGCUGAAAACACCUAAUAGUGAUUCCAUCUUGGAAAUGGCAUCCUCUGGUUCUAAGAGGACAUUGUCACCAUACAUUUGACAAGUCUUCAAACUUGGAGCCACCUAUUUAUGGGCUCCUAACUAAGGUGAGCAGGAAUUAUUUGAGGACAUUUGUUUUAAGUGAUUUUAAACCCAACAAUAUUGCACCAUUUGGCUCUCCUUUUUAAAAAAAAUUUUAUUUUAGAAACUUAGAAUGUGAUGGCAGGUAAGAGCCAUUCGGCCAAUCUAGUCUGCCCAAUUUUCUAAAUACUUUCAUCAGUCCCUGGCCUUAUCUUAUAUCUAAAAUAGCCUUACGCCUAUCCCACGCAUGCUUAAACUUCCUCACUGUGUUACCCUCUACCACUUCAGCUGGAAGGCUAUUCCAUGCAUCCACUACCCGCUCAGUAAAGUAAUACUUCCUGAUAUUAUUUUUAAACCUUUGCCCCUCUAAUUUAAGAUUAUGUUGUGGUAGUAGUUUUUCUUCUUUUCAAUAUAGUCUCCUCCUUUACUGUGUUGAUUCACUUUGUGUUUAAAUAUUUCUGUCAUAUCCCUUCUGUCUUGUCUUUCCUCCGAGCUAUACAUGUUAAGUUCCUUUAACCUUUCCUGGUAAGUUUUACCCAGCAAUCCAUGGCCUAGUUUUUUUAGCCCUUCUCUGAACACUCUCCAAAGUAUCAAUAUCAUUCUGGAGAUAUGGUAUCCAGUACUGUGUACAGUACUCCAAGUGAGGGCUCACCUGUGUUCUGUGCAAUGGCAUGAGCACCUCCCUCUUUCUACUGCUAAUACCUCUCCCUAUACAACCAAGCAUUCUGCUAGCAUUUCCUGCUGCUUUAUUACAUUGUCUGAAGUCAUCUGAAAUAAUUACUCCUAAAUCCCUUUCCUCAGAUGUUGAAGUUAGUACUGUAUCUAAUAUUAUAUACUCUGCCCUUAGGUUUUUAUACACAAGAUGCAUUAUCUUGCACUUUUCAAUAUUAAAUGUCAGUUGCCACAGCUCUAACCAUUUUUUAUAGUUUACCUAAAUAAUUUGCCAUUUGACUUAUCCCUCCUGGAACGUCAACCCUGUUGCAAUUCUUUGUAUCAUCAGUAAAAAGACAUGCCUUACCAUCAAGACCUUCUGCAAUAUCAGAGAAUAGGCCCAAGUACACAUCCUCAAGGUACCCCGCUGGUAACAAGACCCUGCUUAAAAAUCACACCUACAUGAGUUACUGUGCGAUUACCAAAUUCUAACUUAACCCAAGCAGACUGUAUGUUCGCCUCACUAACUUGUAUUAGGUUAGAUUUUAUGCUAUCCUUCACACACAGAGCCUAUGUUUAUGCAAACGAAUGCCAUGUGCAGCGGGCCUGCCUAAACUAUGAAUUGCCUUGUUUUAUAUGUAUGGAUGUGCCCUCUUAGAAUGUGUUCAUAUUCCCCUUUCUGUAAUUUUUACCAUAAAAUCCUGUAAUAUACCCUUUGUCCACCCGGGGUCGCUCCGGCGCAUGGAGCUCCGUGCGCUGGACCACCCUGGCACUUCAUUUAGACCGUUUAUUAAGAACGUUCACACCUCGCUAACGAGGUGUGAAAAUCGCAGACCGCAAGAAAACUAGGGGCACGUGCUACCCCUGGGUGGUCGCCGGUUCGUAUUACCGAACGCCCACUGGGGGAGCAUUCGUCUCCCGAACCGUGCUGGAUCACCCCGAUCCUCCAAUUAGAAUGUUCACACCUCGCUAACAAGGUGUGAAAACCACAGACCGCAAGGGAACGAGCGACGCAUGCUUUCCCUGGGUGGCUGUCGGUUCGUAUCACCGAACGCCCACCAGGGGGAGCAGUCGUCUCCGGAACCGGCCUGCGUACACUCUUUGAUCUCGGUGUCAGGGACUGUCCUACCUGCUCCCCAACGGAGUCAGGGACUAUCCUACCUACUCCCUAAAAGAGCUAUAAUCCUUCAUCUCUUUCCCUUACCUGGGAACUACGAUGGUAUGCUCGUGGCUGCCCAGGAGAGCGCUCUCUCCGGUGGAUACCUGCGUGGGGUUAUCCACCAGAGAGAGGGACGCGCGUCAGCGCCGAGUCCCUGGGGCUGUGAGUUGGUCUCAAAACUGCAGGAUUCCUGCUGGCCGCAUGGAAGUCCGUGCUGACCAAUGGGAGAGGGAGCACCUAUUCAAACUGCGUUCGCGCCAUUCCCCUGGUUUCUCGGCACAGGCAGAGUGCUGAUUGGUCGCCGCAGGGAGCGGGCUACCAAUCCAAGAUGGAGCGCUUAUUCAAACUGGGUUUCGUGCCCUUGCAUCUGAUUGGGCGGCGAAGACCCUCUCGUCCCUGGGCGCUUUGAGUGGAUUGGUGACAUCGGGUUUCGCGCACUAUCCUCCCUUCGGCGGCGAAACUCCUUCCUCCUUCCAAUGCUGAUUGGCGCGAUUUGGUUUGCACCAUUUCGGCUGCUUGGUUUAGGCACGAAGUUUGAAUUCGUCGGACUAAACCGAGCAACACCAUGGAACUGAUUUCAGGGAUGUACAGAGCCUUGAACCCCAGCCUUUCAACGCUGAUAUCUCUGGCUCUGUACAUCCGAUCGCCAAGCUUUUUGCAGAGGUCCCAGAGGGGACCCGGGGCUAUUUAGCUAUGUAAGUUUUAACCCUGUAGCCCCUUUCCGUCCCGGGGGGCCGAGCCCCAAAGUAUAUCCCCCUGAAUGUAAAAAUUUAUCAUGCAUGUCUCUGUGUCUAGUUAACCUUCUCUGGUUCUGGGAGAUGUUAUCUAGUCCCCAGCCCCCUCCUGUAGGUUUUGUGUUUGAUGGAGACCCCCUGUGGGUCUGUGCAUAAAAAGCUGUGUGCCCAAAUAAAGAUUGUCAAAUGUUGUAUCUAGGAACUGUGUCCCAUCCGGUUACUGGGGAAAUGGGUCUGACCUAUCAGUACCAAAGGGGAAUUUCAGUUUUGGUCAAGUUUAUUUUAAGGAAGUGGGCAGCCAUCCAGUUAGAAAUAGCAGAGAGGCAGUCAGAGACACUAGUCAAGAGGGACGGGGAGCGAUCAGGAGAGGACAGGUAGAUUUGCGUGUCAUCUGCAUAGAAAUGAUAUUGGAAGCCAAAGGAGCUAAUGACUUUACCAAGGGAGGCAGUGUAGAUGGAGAACAGUAGGGGAUCAAGGACUGAACCUUGGGGGAUACUAACAGAGAGGAGUUGGGGAGAAGAAGCAGAGCCAGAGAAAGAUACACUGAAAGAGUGCUGGGAGAGGUAGGAGAAGCACCAGGAGAGAGCAAUAUCUUGUAGACCGAUAUUGCGGAGGAUGAGAAGAAGCUGUUGAUGAUCAACAGUGUCAAAAGCCACAGACAGGUCAAGGAGAAUUAGGAUAGAGUAGUGACCACGAGAUUUUGCAGCGAGUAGAUCAUUGGAUACUUUGGUCAGUGCUGUUUCUACAGAGUGCUUAGCGCGGAAACCAGACUGAAGCGGGUCUAGCAGAGAGUUGGACUGGAGGAAGUCUGUCAAUCUCGCAUACACAAUUCUUUCAAGGAUCUUGGAUGCAAAAGGCAGUAGCGAGAUAGGACGAUAGUUGGAUGGGGAGUUAGGGUCAAGAUUGGGCUUCUUUAGAAUUACAGUUGCAUGUUUGAAGGGCGAUGGAAAUAUGCCAGAGGAGAGAGAGAGAUUGAGAAUUUUAAUGCCAGCAUUGGAACAGAGUAAUGUUAUGUCAUUCCAUUCCUAUAAUCCCUAGCAGGUGCUAGAAGAGAUUACUAAGGAGUUCCAUGCAAUUCUAUGUUUGGGAGAGCGGCAGGAUCUCUUGUGGGUGGUCUGUUCUGUUUUCUUUCCCUGGUCAGUCAAUAUGUUUAUUAACAGCAGGGAGAAAGAGUUUUAAAUGUUUUUUGCCCAAUCUGUCUAUUUGCUAGAAAAAAACAUUUGCACAAUGUAUAGGUGAAAUUUUUACUCCUUCAAAAGAGCAUAAACAUUCCAGUA